GCCUCCACUAAAGAAGUGAAACUACACACAAUGACAAAGCAGUUGUUAGUGUGAAGUGUAGUUAUGAAUCARCGUGUUUUGCCUCAGGGUGCCUGUGUAAUGCCUCCCAGAUGACUGGCUAACAACCAGGGUGUGGUUCUGACACUAUAAGACUAAACACACACCGGGGGGCCGGACUCAGCUCCACCGCUGCAGCCCAGAGACGACGCUCCUGUCCCGGCGUCAAUUCUGUCAAUGAGUCGCUUCAAAAAGUAAACACAAGAAGGUCACACACUACAAGAUGGCGAGAACCGACGGACUGCUGUUCAGACAACUGUUUGAGAAGGAGAGCUCCACCUACACGUACCUGCUGGCAGAUAAAACCACCAAAGAGGCGGUCAUCAUUGAUCCGGUGCUGGAGACYCUCGACAGAGACGUGAAGCUCGUAAAGGAAUUGGGGCUCAUGUUAAAAGUUGCAGCAUCUGGGUGUGAGAGAAACACCGGGACACACUGAUGGGUGUAUAACCCUGGUGUUGUGUGAUAAAAGCAUGGCGUUCACCGGGGACGCUCUGCUCAUCAGAGGCUGCGGCAGAACCGACUUCCAGCAAGGUUCUUCUUCAAAGCUCUACCAGUCAGUCCAUGAGAAGAUCCUAUCACUGCCUGAGGAUUGUCUCCUCUAUCCAGCACAUGACUACUUAGGUCAGACGGUCUCUACAGUUGGUGAGGAACUCAAGUUUAACCCCCGCUUGACCAAGCCCUUGGAGGAGUUUGUGAAGAUCAUGGAUAAUCUGAACCUCGCCAAGCCAAAGAAAAUUGAUGUAGCAUUACCAGCUAAUAUAGUCUGUGGACUACACGACGUCUGAGAGCCCUGCAGAGCAGAACAACAACAUAUAAACAGUGACGUAUCAAAUGAUUAACAGGAUUUGACAAAAAGGCUUUUUUUUAAAUGGUUGUAUUGGUUUUUCAUAAAAGAAAUAAGUUUGAAUCACUGUCAUUUGGAAUGCAGCUCUUUAGGUUUUUGUCUUUGUUCUUAAAAUAAAAAUUGCUUUAUUGACUAUUGUAAAUGUAAAGAGAUAAUGUUGUAAUAUAUGUGAAGAAAAACACUAUUUGUUUGUAUUAUGCUUAAGUUAAAUGAGGAAUACUUUUUUCUCUGGUUAGUUGUUAUAAACUGUAGAGUUGAUAAGAAAGUUGUUAAGAUCAGAAACAAAACUAUAAAAAGGCCAAAUUAGAUUUGAUUUGGUAUUUAUGAAUUUAUUACUGAUGCAAUCAACUUCUUCUCUCUCUCUCUCUCUCUCUCUCUCUCUCUCUCUCUCUCUCUCUCUCUCUCUCU